AUGGCCCACCCACCGGGGAACCUGCCCGGGAUGCAGCAAAACGUCAGAGUGGAUCCAGAGGAGCUCUUCACAAAGCUGGAGCGAAUCGGAAAGGGUUCAUUUGGCGAGGUAUUUAAAGGCAUUGACAAUCGGACUCAGAAAGUGGUGGCCAUCAAGAUCAUUGACCUGGAAGAAGCUGAGGAUGAGAUCGAAGACAUUCAACAGGAGAUCACUGUGCUGAGCCAGUGCGACAGCCCGUUUGUCACCAAGUACUAUGGCUCUUACCUGAAGGAUGCCAAAUUAUGGAUCAUCAUGGAGUAUUUAGGAGGAGGCUCUGCUUUAGAUUUGAUGGAGCCAGGUUCUUUGGAUGAGACCCAAAUUGCAACUAUUCUGAGAGAGAUUCUCAAGGGACUGGAGUAUCUGCACUCUGAGAAGAAAAUCCACAGAGAUAUCAAAGCUGCCAACGUGUUACUUUCUGAGCAAGGUGAGGUGAAGCUUGCCGAUUUUGGUGUGGCCGGCCAGCUCACCGACACCCAGAUCAAGCGUAACACCUUUGUAGGCACGCCUUUCUGGAUGGCCCCAGAGGUCAUUAAGCAGUCUGCAUAUGACUCUAAGGCCGAUAUCUGGUCUCUGGGCAUCACCGCAAUUGAGCUGGCGAAAGGCGAGCCACCACACUCGGACCUCCAUCCCAUGAAGGUUUUAUUUUUAAUCCCAAAGAAUAACCCUCCGACUCUGGAGGGAAACUACAGCAAGCCACUCAAAGAGUUUGUUGAGGCUUGCCUCAAUAAGGAGCCCAGUUUUAGGCCGACUGCUAAGGAGCUGCUGAAACAUAAGCUAAUUGUACGCCAUGCUAAAAAGACGUCCUACUUGACUGAGUUAGUGGACAAGUAUAAACGGUGGAAGGCGGAGCAGUCGAGAACCGCUGAGUCUAGUUCUGAUGAGUCAGACUCGGAGCAGGAUGGACAAGCAUCAGGUGGAGAUGACUUUGGCAGUGACAAUUGGAUCUUUACCAUCCGUGAAAAGGACCCAAAGAAACUACAGAACGGCGAGGGGCAGUCAGGGGCCACUGAACAGACAAAAGACAUUCCCAAGAGGCCUUAUUCACUGAGCCUGACGACAGUCAUCUCUCCUGCAUUAGCCGAGCUAAAGGCCAGACAGGAGCACAUGGACCGGAACCCUGUGGUCCUAGACGACUUGAAGGAGGCCAUCUUGCGGGCUGAGGAGGCUUACCCUGGCAUUUCAGAUUCCCUGGUGGCUCACAUGAUCCACAGACUCCAGAGUUUCUCCACAAGCAGGUCAUCAUCUUCUAUCCCAUAG